AUGGGAAACCCAAGCCUAACGUACGAGAUUUUACUCUAUCUCAAUUCGUUUUACUUCGGAAUGUUCGCUACCUGCGAGCUGGGAAUGCUCACUCUGAAGGCAGUCAAUUUAAAGUAUCCGGAUCAUAUUCUGCUUCGGGAGGCGUGCAUCCUGGUAGCACUGUGUUUGGUUGAAACGAUCCGAAUCAUCCUGGGCAGACGGGGUAGCCUUAGUGACCACGGUUGGCAUGUGAUCCUGUCCGUAUUUCUUACAAUCCCUUGUGGAAUGGGCGUAGGAUAUCUUCUCUUUUACCAGCUGCACCGACUACGCCUGGAGUACAUCCUAUGUGCCUUAAUGUUAUCACUACAGGCAGCAGAACUGUUCUUUGCAAUACUGUUCGUAUUCACGCUGUGUCGGCCGCCUUCCUACGAUUAA